GACCUAUAUAGAGCAUAUGCUGAUUAUUUAUAUUCAAGUGCUGCAAUAAUGAACAAGAAAAUAGAAUUUUAUAGUUCAAUUGCGUACGCCAUUCUCAAAAGUAAUCAAGAACCUAUACAAUUUAAACUACGAAUUGGUGAUGUUGUUGAACUAAAUGAAGAAUCUGAAG